AUGCUGGUUUGUGUUGAUCAAAAUCAUGUUGAUCAUAUCGAGCAGGUGUUUGUGAUUUUAUUUCUCCUUGGGAAGGCUUCAAAUCACACUCUGCAGCAAAAGGCAGGUUCUGAAAAAGCACAGUCUGAGCCAAAUGUUUGUCAAAUUCUUCCUCUUGCUGCUUCAUUUCCUGCAACUUUCUCAAUUUCUCUUCCAUCUCUUGUUUCAUUUGCUGUUGUGACAUUUGUUGUUGAAGUGUCUGAAGUUGACGCAUUACCUCAGGUCCUGUUGCUUGCUGUGCUGCUGCAUGUUGUGCCUGAGGAGUUUGAGGUUGCUGCUGAGGCGAAGGUGCAUUGUCAUCAUCAUCUUCAGACCCAUAAUCGAAAUCAAGAAGUUUUUUAUCGAAUUUUACCUGGAAACAUCAACAUUGUGAAGUUGAUCCCAAAACUCCAGGGCAAAUCAACAAGUUUUGAAUGUGUGGCAAACUCUGCAAUACCUGAUCUGUUUCUGGAUGCCCCCCAGGAUCUUGUUGUUUCAGUAGAAUUUGCUGCAAAUGCUGCAAAUGUUGAAGGACGAGAUGGUGGAGCAACCAGUGCUAGACUCGUGCAGUUAAGUGAACAACCCUGCAAUAUUCACCACUAACCACCAACAAACCACAAUUUUGUUAAGUAACCAGCCCCCCCUUCAACCAACCACUUGCAUAUUCUAAAGGGGCUGAUUCUGUUGCUGACUGUGGACUAUGUGCGUGAAACAUGGCAUGUAGAAAUAAGAGUUUAUUAACACAAAAUUAUAUACAGGCAGAAUUAUUAGCAGAUUACAUAUCUAUACAAACAUUCUUGCGAUUCAUUGAUUACUUCAGUGAGAAGUGCAACAAGUGUUUCGUAUAUAGUACAACCUGCCGAAGGUGGAAACCUGCCUUUGCCAGAAAAAUUUCAGUAUGGAAUAUUUUCCAAUGCAAAGUAUACUGGAUAAGCUGGAAAUCUGAAUAACACGGAAAGGGGAUGGAAUUUUUAGUGUGAUAUUAAAAAUUCUGGAUUAGACAGAAAACGAUUUGUUUUAAAAUUAAAUUUGAACUUCGAAGUGUAGUGACAUUGUACCAAGAGAGACUCAAAAGAGUUGUGCUCCACCAGGCCAAUGUUUAUUUGUAAUAACUGACUUCCACAAGCCCAUGUGAAGGAAGGAGAGAUGUGAAGAGCUAUUCUUCCACACUUGUAUUGCAUGCUUUGGGUUCAGUGGUUCUCAACAUUUACAGUUGUUCAGUUUGACAAGUUGCAGGUAUUGUGUUAAUCAAGUGCUUAUGAAGUCAGGAAGCAAAUUGAAAAUGUUCUCUUGGUGAGAAAAUUAGACUAAUUGAAGAACAUGAGCAAAGCAGCAACACUGAAACUAAUUUCAU